UGGGCGCCAUACUUGAAGAGAGUGCGGGAAGCUGCUGCUGUAGUUGCUGCAGCUGCCUCUGGCACUGUCAUGGAGCUAGCUCAGGAGGCGCGGGAGCUAGGUUGCUGGGCGGCGGAGGAAAUGGGGGUACCCGAGGCGGCCCGCGCCCCGGAGUCGACGCUGCGCAGGUUGUGUCUGGGCCAAGGGGCUGACAUCUGGGCCUACAUCAUGCAGCACGUGCGGAGUCAAAGGAGUAUCAAGAAGAUCCGGGGAAACCUACUCUGGUAUGGCCACCAGGACAGUCCAGAGGUCCGUCGGAAAUUGGAGCUGGAAGCCACUGUGGCCCGCCUGCGGGCUGAGAUCCAAGAGCUAGACCAGAGCCUGGAGCUGAUGGAGCACGAGACUGAGGCUCAGGACUUGGCCAUGGAGAAGGCACUGCAAAGCCUUCGAGACACCCAGUAUCAAGCUAUCCUCCUCCGGGCCCAAGCUGGGGCCGUGCGAAGACAUCAACAUGGGCUUCGAGAUCCCAUACAGAGGCUGCAGAAUCAGCUCAGGCGCCUGCAGGACAUGGAGAGGAAAGCUAAAGUGGACGUGGCCUUUGGACCCCUGAUGUCAGCAACCCUGGCCCUGGAGCCUGAAGUGUUGCGUGAUGUUCGGACAGCCUGCUCCCUCCGGACCCAGUUCCUACAGAACCUUCUGAUUCCCCAGGCCAAGGGAGGCAGUCCCCUAAGCCCUUAUGAUGAUCACUUUGGAACUUCCUACCAGCAGUGGCUCAGCUCAGUGGAGACACUGCUGACAAACCACCCCGCAGGCCACGUCCUGGCUGCCUUGGAGUACCUGGCUGCAGAGCGGGAGGCAGAGAUCCGCUCCCUGUGUAGCGAGGAUGGGCUGAAUAAUGUGGAGAUACCCAGGCCCCAGGCACUGGACCCAUCAGACUCCAGCCGGACCCUGCCAUCCACUGUUCAUCUCAUCCAGGAGGGCUGGCAAACAGUGGGUGCUCUAGUCACCCAGAGGAGCACUCUCCUGAGUGAGCGACAAGUCCUGACUGGCCACCUCAAGGGCCUAGUGGAAGAGGUGGAGAGAUGUCACCUGGGAUCCAGUGAGAGGAAGGCUCUGCUGCUGGGGCUUCGGGGCUGUGGCUUGUGGGCAGAGCUCCAGGCCCUUCGUGCCCAGAGCCAGGAACUAGGGAAUGCAGUUGGGCACCGGCAACUUCUGCUUCGCGAGCUGCAGGCUAAGCAGCAGCGAAUCCUGCAGUGGCGCCAGCUGGUGGAAGAGACCCAGGAACAGAUCCGCCUGCUCAUCAAAGGAAACUCAGCCAGCAAGACCCGCCUGGCCCAGGGUCCAGAAGAGGUACUGGCUCUGAUUCAGCACAGGGUCAUCCCCAUCUCUGAGGCAGUAGCACCCCAGAGCCAGGAGUUUCUCCGCUGCUUGGAGGAGGAAGCCCGACAUCUGCCUCACAUUCUGCUGGGUCCCCUGCUAUGGCUAAAGCCGCUGUCCAGGACCCUAUCUAUCCAUCAGCUGCACCCCACCACUCCAAGAGGUUCCAGCCUCAUUCCACUGAGCCACACACUAGGGCUGCCUGCGGGGAAGGCACCAGAACUGCUGCUUCCAAAAGCUGCCUCUCUCCGCCAAGACCUUCUGUUUCUUCAGGACCAGUGGAGUCUCCAAGGAGGAGAUCUCCAGAGGAAGACGAGUUUGCCUUUGGAAUCAUCCACCCAGCAGCUGCUGCAACUCCAGGUGACCCAAGAGAAGGAGCAGAAAGAAGGUAUGGGGCAAGCUCUGAAGAGGCUGGAGAACUUGCUUAAACAGGCGCUGGAGCGAAUCCCGGAGCUGCAGGGGACUGUGGGGGAUUGGUGGGAGCAGCCAGGCCAAGUUGCCCUCUCCGGGGAGCUCUGCCAGGGCCUGUCCUUGUCCCAGUGGCAGCUGCGCUGGGUCCAAGCUCAGGGGGCACUGCAGCAGCUGUGCAAAUGAAGAGGUGGCUCAGCAGAGUCGAGACUUACACAUUUAGCCUGGAGGCACACACGUAGGAGUCUGAGGCCAUUGGAAUGCUGUUGAGUUCCAAGCCAGCCUGGGCUACAUAGCAUGUUCCAAACUACAUAGUGAGAACCUGUCUCAAAAAUAAAUAGGACUUUACCUCCAUACUUCCCCUCCCUCAAUAAACCAUUUGAAAACAAGUG